GAAAGGGCACUAAGAACCACCGUCUAAAUCCCUCGGCUUGUCUCAAUGAAAAUAAUCGCGCCUUGGUCUCCAUGUGCCAAGGAGAGAGCCAAGGGUGUAGUGCCGUGUAGGAUUCGAAAUUCUAUUGCGAGUAUGCUGAACACCCCGGCUCUUCUCCCGUAGCCGCGUAUACUAAGUCGAGUGCCGAGAAACCGAAUUUUCAUCUGACAUUGCGACAUUAGAUGAGUGAAUAGAAAUUCACGUGGGACCGUGGGUUACUGCAUGAAAUCUACCAAAAGUUUACGAAAAUUUACGAAAACGAACAAGUCGGGUUCAAUCCAGUAAGAUCAUUCGCGGAUGUUGAGACCCACCCCCCGAAUGUAGUAAUGCGAUCUAACCAGUGAAGGUAGGUAUGAAGGCGAGAAGCGGCGAAUCCUGACGGUGACCGAUUGUAUCAUUUUGGCCUGUCCUUUUUCGGCCGGUCUGCCCAUCCUAUAAGAAUGAACGAGGAUGAUGUGCUUCGAAACAAGCACUGUUCCCAGAGCAGGCCGAGUUAGGGAUUAUCUAAGACACAUUUAAGCCGAAAUGUCUUUGGCCGUACUUCCGGCCCAGCUGGCCGAUAUCGAGCCGGUGUACGAUGUGUAUUUCGAGGCAUUCAAGAACGAACCCAUACUCCAGUUUCUCUACCCCCGAGGUGUCGACAGAGCAGCUCACACAGAAGGGACCAGACAAUGGUGGGCUCAAGACAAGACAGGUUACACGAUCAAAUGUCUCGAUUCCGACACAGGGAAGAUCGUCGGGAUGGCUAGUUGGGAUGUCUUCUGGCGGCCGGGGAAAGAAAACGGAUGGGAACGACCUGAGGGCAUACCAUGGCUGGAAGGAGAUGAAAAAGCGAGAUGUGAUGCUAUUUUGGGCGCCAUGUGGGAUUUGAGAGACAAGCUGUUCGGCAAAAAACACCGAUAUAUCUAUCUCAGCGUCAUAGCCGUCGACCCAGAACAUCAACGCCGUGGGAUUGGGCGCUUACUCAUGCAAUGGGGCAUCAAUGUUGCGGAGCAACUUGGUCUCCCUAUAUAUACAGAGGCGUCAAAGUCAGGUCUGGGUCUAUAUGAGGCCGUGGGAUUCGAAAGGUUGACGCAUGUGAGCCUGAUCCAUAAGGAAGAGGACACCGGGCUACCGGACGAGGACAUACCUCUUGUCGUGAGGAUGCCCAGUGCAGCGAAGGGGUUGAGCUUCAAGGAGUGGGCCGAUAGGGGGUAUCCUGAAGGUUACCAGACCCAGGUGAACGGGCACAAGAAGACUAAUGAGACGACUGACUUCGAAACGGCUGGGGUAGUAUGUUAG